GGUUGCCAUGGAGCCCUUCUGUCCGCUCCUGCUGGCCGGUGUUAGCCUGCCCCUCGCCAAGGCUUUCAAGGGCAACGAGACCACCACCGCGCAGAGCAACUGGACCUCCACGACCGCAGGCGCUCCGGCCCCCGGCCCUCCGGCCCCCGGCGCGCCCCAGCCCCUGCUGGCCUGGCUGCUGCUCCCCUUGCUGCUGUUCCUGUUCCUUGCAGCCUACUUCUUCAGGUUCAGGAAGCAGAGGAAGGCAGUGGUCAGCUCCAACGACAAGAAGAUGCCUAAUGGAAUCCUAGAAGAGCAAGAGCAGCAAAGGGUGAUGCUUCUCAGCAGGUCCCCCUCGGGGCCCAAGAAGUACUUUCCCAUCCCCGUGGGGCACCUGGAGGAGGAGAUCCGGGUCCGGUCGGCGGAUGACUGCAAGAGGUUUCGGGAGGAGUUCAAUUCUCUGCCGUCCGGACACGUACCAGGAACUUUUGAGCUGGCCAAUAAGGAAGAAAACAGAGAGAAGAACAGAUACCCCAACAUCCUUCCCAAUGACCAUUCCAGGGUAAUUUUAAGCCAGGUGGACGGAACCCCAUGUUCAGACUACAUCAAUGCUUCAUACAUAGAUGGUUAUAAAGAGAAGAAUAAAUUCAUAGCAGCUCAAGGCCCUAAACAGGAGACAGUGAAUGAUUUCUGGAGGAUGAUCUGGGAGCAGAAGUCUGCAACCAUCGUCAUGUUGACGAACCUGAAAGAAAGGAAAGAGGAGAAGUGCUAUCAGUACUGGCCGGACCAGGGCUGCUGGACCUACGGAAGCAUCCGGGUGUGUGUGGAGGAUUGCGUGGUCCUGGUGGAUUAUACCAUCCGGAAGUUCUGCAUUCAGUCCCAGCUCCCCGACGGCUGCAAAGCCCCUCGGCUCGUCUACCAGCUGCACUUCACCAGCUGGCCCGACUUCGGAGUGCCUUUCACCCCCAUCGGGAUGCUCAAAUUCCUGAAAAAAGUGAGGACACUCAACCCCACGCACGCCGGGCCCGUCGUGGUCCACUGUAGCGCGGGCGUGGGCCGGACGGGCACCUUCAUAGUGAUCGAUGCCAUGAUGGACAUGAUACACGCCGAGCAGAAGGUGGACGUCUUUGAUUUUGUGUCCAGAAUCCGCAAUCAGCGGCCUCAGAUGGUUCAGACGGACAUGCAGUACACGUUCAUCUACCAAGCCUUACUGGAGUACUACCUCUACGGGGACACCGAGCUGGACGUGUCCUCCCUGGAGAAGCACCUGCAGACGCUGCACGGCGCCACCACCCACUUCGACCAGGCCGGGCUGGAGGAGGAGUUCCGGAAGCUGACAAAUGUCCGGAUCAUGAAGGAGAACAUGAGGACAGGCAACCUGCCGGCCAACAUGAAGAAGGCCAGGGUCAUCCAGAUCAUCCCGUAUGACUUCAACCGCGUCAUCCUUUCCAUGAAAAGGGGCCAGGAGUACACGGAUUACAUCAACGCGUCCUUUAUAGACGGCUACCGGCAGAAGGACUACUUCAUCGCCACCCAGGGGCCCCUGGCGCACACAGUGGAGGACUUCUGGAGGAUGGUCUGGGAGCGGGAGUGCCAUACGAUCGUGAUGCUGACCGAGGUCCAGGAGAGAGAGCAGGAUAAAUGCUGCCAGUAUUGGCCAACAGAGGGCUCAGUGACUCAUGGAGAGAUAACGAUCGAAAUAAAGAGUGAUACCCUUUCUGAAGCCAUCAGUAUACGAGACUUCCUGGUCACUUUCAGUCAGCCCCUGGCCCGCCAGGAGGAGCAGACCCGGAUCGUGCGACAGUUCCACUUCCACGGCUGGCCGGAGAUCGGGAUCCCCGCCGAGGGCAAAGGCAUGAUCGACCUCAUUGCGGCCGUGCAGAAGCAGCAGCAGCAGACGGGCGAUCACCCCAUCACCGUGCACUGCAGUGCUGGAGCUGGGCGCACAGGGACUUUCAUAGCACUCAGCAACAUUCUGGAACGGGUCAAAGCUGAGGGACUUUUAGACGUAUUCCAAGCUGUGAAGAGCUUACGACUUCAGAGGCCACAUAUGGUGCAAACUCUGGAACAGUAUGAAUUCUGCUACAAAGUGGUACAAGAUUUUAUUGAUAUAUUUUCUGAUUAUGCUAAUUUCAAAUGAAAAUUCCUGCCUUAAAAUAUUUUUUAAUUUAAUGGUCAGUAUAUUUUGUAAAAAUCAUGUUAAUUUAUUUCAUAGUUGACAUUAAUAUCCUCCUAAUUUCUUUGUAUAUAUUUUGUUAUGCUUAAAGGCCACCUGCUGUAAAGUUAUUAAAGCUUAAAUACCCCUUUUAAAAACUGGAAUAAUGUAUUAAGGUCAAAUAAUAUUCCAUAAAAUAUAUAUUUCUGCUAAUAUCAGUAAAAAUAUUUUAAUUUUUCAUUAGAUUCAUAUCAUUUCAUUUCACACAGUCAGCACCUCUAAAUGUUAAAACUCUUAAUAUGACAAGUGUGUUUAUUUAUGCAAGAUACUAACCACAACUUCCUUAGAAAACAGUCGAGGACUCAGAAAUCGGUGGAAAAUACAUUUUCCUGACACUGAUUUUACAGCCCUGAGCAGUGGCAGGUUUUUUUGGUUUUUUUGGUUUUUUUUGCGGUACGCGGGCCUCUCACUGCCGCGGCCCCUCCCGCCGCGGAGCACAAGCUCCGGCCGCUCCGCGUCAUGGGGGAUCUUCCCGGACCAAGGCACGAACCCGUGUCCCCUGCAUUGGCAGGCGGACUCUCAACCACUGCGCCACCAGGGAAGCCCCCCAGUGGCAGUUUUGUGAAAGCAAACUGUUUGUGAAGAUACAGUGUAAAUAGGGAAUUCUGUAGUCCUCAGUCUCAACCCACGUAGUUUAUCUUUACAUUUUAAAGAUCAAAGAAGACUUUACAACCUGAGUCCAAGUCUAAAACACACUGGAGUAGUCAGUGACUAUAUAGUAAUACUUAAAAAUGCAUUUAUUCAGGCUGUGUCGUGCCAUCUUGGCCAGAUGAGAAAGAUGUAAAGGCCAGUGGUCCAGUUCGCACGGGCCUUGGGUCCGGCAAAACCAGUUAUCAGAGUUUCAGUCCCACGGCGCUGGGCGCUGCUUGCUGUCCGUCUGUCUGAGAAUCACACCCACUGCACUUCUCACUCCCCCCCGCCCCCCGGCCCCCGCCAUUCUGCCCUGCUUGUCUUGAGCUGUGCCUCAAGGCAUGACAAAAAACCACUUCCAUUCCAAAAGGUCAGAUAGAGCAUCUGACACGCAUGGAAGCAAGGGGCUCCCGCCUGGUAGAAACAGUUGGGCAGCCGCAAGCAAUUAUGCUUUAAACUUUCUGAGAAGCAUUUUGGUAUUUAAAAAUCUCUUGUAAAUGCUAAGACUGUUUGUAAGAAAAGAAAUCUUAAAAUCUAGAUUUAUACAGUUUUUUUUAAAGUCCCACUCCUCGAUAUUUAAUAAAAGAAAAAGAGAAAUCCUUAAUCUAAAGGCUAAUUUAUUUUUGAAUGGUUACUAGUGAGACUUCUGACACUGGAUAAUAAUGAUCUCACUGCCAGACAGGAUUGGCUUAUGGGGCAAAAAAAAAGAGAAGGGAUGAAUGUAAAAAGGUUUGAUUUAAUGGCAGUGAUCUGUCUGUGGCUGUUAGGUACCUAGCCGAUGAGCACAAUAUAAAAAAAAAGACAUCUGAAAACAUUUAACAUGUGCAUUUUUGGGUACACUUUUUGCUUUUUAAAAGCGAUGUGAAUGUGAAGGCCUUUAUUUGAUAUUUCCACUGGUAACUGAUUGCACAAAGGUAACCCAGGGUAAGUUACGUCCUAAUAACAAGCCCGCGGGUAAUCAAGCUUCUGCCACUCCUCCAAGCCCCACCCAAGGGUCAGAUGAGGUGCCCAGCUGGACGGACAAAAGCACAACUUUGUGAACGCUGCCAUGGCCACCAGCCUGCAGCCCUGAGCUCCACACACAGCUGAAUGCGUCCCUCACCCUUCUGGGUACAAUGAUUAUGCAUUUGGGUCGAAGAGAAAAUGGAGGGAGCUUUGCAAGGUGCACCUGGUGGCCCUGUUUGUUUUCACUGUUAAAAGUCCCAAGCCCGAAGCCUUUCUUGACUAAAGGGGAAGAGAGAAAACUGAGCACCAAAGCCUAGAAACAGAGCCGGCGACAUAUAGGCGUCGAGACGCCUGGAUUGGGGUCCAAAUUUAGGAGCCUUUAGUGAGAAUCCCUCAGGCCCUUCAAUGGUCUUACUGGCAUCUCUUGUCUUGAGAUUAAAGUAGACCUUCUCGGGGAAGCACCCCGUUUGUGUGUUCUUCUGCCCCCUUGGUGUAUCCCCCUUGUCUGCUGCGGUUCCGCCCUCAUGGUUCCGAGAACAGAGCGGAAGCCACUGUCCCUGGGUUGCAGGACCCCCUCCGCCUUUGGGGCAGUUCUUGCCUCCCAGUAGCUGCAGCCUCCUAGCCUCGGCCCCGGUCCCAGUUCAGACAGCCUUGGUGGGCACUCCGGGACUCCUGUCCUCUCUGUCUCGCUGGGAUAGUUUGACUCUUCCUCCCUUUCGGUGAAAGAAAGUCCAUUGUACAUAACAAAACAGCGCCAGGCUGGUAAAGUCAUUUUUCUUUGCCAGUUUUCUCCGUUGCAUGCGGCUACAUUCAAACGCCAAAUAGCGAUUAGAAGACGACCAUUCUGAUCUCCUUGCUUUUAUCAGUCACUGUGUGACUCACUUUACUGUUUCUCUCCAUGUGCUCUACGAAUGAAGAAUGCAUACCAGUGUUUUAAAAGGUAUUUUUAUGUGUUUUUUAAAACUUUUUAAAACGAGCCUGACACCUCUGUUUCAGCAUUUGGAGUCACGCCCAUGUUAUUUUUUAAAAUGUGUGAUUACUGAUACUUCUGUUGUGUUUGUGUUAAUUUAUGUGCAAUCUUGAUAAUAUAUGUAUGUAUUCCGGUUUCAUUUUUUCUUUUAUUCCAUUUAUCACUUGAUCUUGCACUGAUUAUGAUGCCAGUGAAUGCUGCUGAAUUCUGUGUAUAUGCAAAUUGCAACAUCCAAAACAUUCUGAUGCGAGGAUAAAUCUUUACUUUGACUCCA